CGUCCCCAAGGACACGCAUGCAUAGAUAGGUUCUGGUCAAAGCGAUCAACCAGCCGGAGAAGAAAAGGGGGAAGCAAAAUCCGCGACACCAACCUCGCCGCCGGCGAAGCGGACCGACGAGCCGCGCCGCGUCCAAAUCCCCACCUCCAGGAAUGGCGUCGUCUCCGGAUCCAUGGGUGAGGGAGUACGGCGAGGCUUCCAGGCUCGCGGAUGACGUAACCUCCAUGAUUGCUGAGAGGGGGUCGCUCCCGCAGUCCGGCCCGGAGAUCAUGCGCCACACGUCGGGGAUUCGGAGGAAGAUAACCAUUCUCGGGACGAGGCUGGAUAGCUUGGAGGCGCUGCUCUCCAGGGUUCCUCCGAAAUCGAUCACGGACAAGGAGUUGCAUAAGCGGCAGGACAUGCUUUCAAAUCUGAAAUCUAGAGCAAAGCAGAUGGCUACAAGUUUCAACAUGUCAAACUUUGCUAACAGGGAGGAUUUGCUUGGUCAAAGUAAGAAAUCGGCUGAUGAUAUGAGUAGAGUGGCUGGGUUGGAUAACCAAGGGAUCGUUACCCUUCAGAGGCAAGUUAUGAAAGAACAAGAUGAGGGUCUUGAGAAGCUGGAAGAGACAGUACUGAGCACAAAACAUAUUGCUCUAGCAGUCAAUGAAGAACUUACGCUGCAUACCAGAUUGAUUGAUGAUUUAGAUGAUCACGUUGAUGUUACGAACUCACGUCUUCAGAUCUCUUUUGAUUCAGCGCGUGCAAAAGACGCUCGCCAUUCUGAACAAGCGCACCAAAGGUGGCUGCUCGUGCAUGUCCCUGAUGCUAUCUGUUGUUGCUAUAGUGUUUCUUACGGUCAUUGUUUGGCUUCUUAUCAAGUACAUGUAACCACUGUCCAACUCAACUCAGUUUGCAAUGUGCAGUCUUUCAAAGAUGUGGAUGCUCCCAUCUCAUCUCUUCUCUGUUUUCCUCAGAUUGUGGGGGAUGGAAUAUAAUUGCAACAUAUCUUCGUUAAGAAGAUGCGCAACAAGCUUGUUGCUAUAUUGCAUUGACACCUGCCAGCAAUUUGUAUAGAGCGUGUUGCCUUUGUGGAAUUGGGAGGCUCAGAAUUCAUAUUGUUUUCAUAGAUUCUUGCGAGACUUAAAUUUUCCCAGGUGUUCUAAACACACACACAAAAAUGCGUUAUUGAUGUUAAAACA